AUGGUGGCUCAGUGGGAACAUUGCCGGGUUGAGAAGUUAAUAAUGGUGGGAUGGGCAAUAUGGACAAAUAGAAAUGAAAGCAGACAUGGGGGUGUGAAGAAAAACAAUCGGGCUUUACUUCAAUGGUCGUUGGACUAUUUAUGGGAAUAUCAAGCAUGUUCUGACAUCCCUGUUACGCCAAAGACAAGUGGUGCUUCGAGCUGGAUUCCCCCAACAUCUAAUCGUUACAAAAUUAAUGUGGAUGGGGCUGUAUUCGCAUCGCAGAAAAUGGCUAGUGUGGGGGUAUUAAUUAGGGAUGCAGAAGGCAGAUUGAUUGGGUCUUGCUGUAAGAAGAUUAUGGCCCCUCUUGGUGCCAUUAAGGCCGAAGCAAAGGCUAUUGAGGUGGGGCUUCAACUUGCUAAAGACUUGUCCAUCCAGGACUUCACUCUUAAAGGUGAUUCACAGAUAUUGAUAAAUGCUCUGAAGGAUACAUCACCUCCUCCUGCAUCUGUUGUUGCUCUGGUGUAUAGCUCUGUGGCUACUUCCUAUGGCUUUCAUCAUGUGAACUUUUCUCACAUUUGUAGAUAA